CAACAAAGAGCAUACACACAAUAAUUCUAUGGAUUUAUCCGAUACUGUGUCGAAGGAGGAGAUUAAAUCACAGAGUUUGUUAGAAAUUUGGCAUACAGGAAGAGAAUAUUCACUUCACACUUGACAGCAAGAUUGCGCAAAGUUCAACUGCUAUGGCCGAAGAAUUACACGAUCAUGUUGAAAGUGCGAAUUCUCACGCUGUCAUUCUGAGCGACGGGAGUACUGUCACCGCUGAGGACGCUAUUGGUGAAAGAGAAGACUUGCCAGAAGAUCUAGAGAGGUAAAGUGAAGAAAGCAUUGGUGAAGAGUCGGAGAGUGGAGAGUUGGAGAGUGAAGAGUUGGAGGAUGACGAUGAAGUAUUUGCACCACCUGCUUCUGCCAAGGCGGAUGAAUACUGCAUCCUCUGUCGAGCUCGACUUUCCACUUUCUAUUUCAUAAAUGAGCCGAAUGUUCGACGGUAUCAUGAAUAGCUUUCUGAAAACCCAGCCGAGCAAUGGCAGCUAGAAACUCGAGCAGGUAUGUCUCUGGCCAGAAUGCCCUUUCCCACGUACUGACUUUAAUUUAGUCAUGAGUCUUCGCGUGGAUGACGUUGAAAAGCCUGUCAUGACAGACGUCGUUGUAUUUGAAUCCUUACAAGUUGAAGCUUCUUUGGUUGACCGGCCGGAAUCCGGCGAAAUUGUUUUGAAUUCUCGCCCAGGCCUAGAUUAUGUGGACACCUCUGCUUAUUGUUUUCACGAUUGGUGUUAUUCAAUUUUUAGUUGGAGAACAAAGCAUAAGAGCGCAGAGUUUUUGUAUAAGCUCGCCACAAGCCUAAAGAUUUCCUCAGCUUGGGAAAAUCCUGCGGGAUCAAAUGAUCCGCUCUAUCCACAAAUCAAUUAUGCUACUUUACUCUCGACAGUUGAAGAUAUCUCAGCUAGAAUUCAACCUCAAUUCCUUUCAAGACUUCCUCCUGAACUACGAUAUCGAAUCUGGAAUUAUGUAGGGUCCAAGGCAGCCUAUUCUGCGUUUAUGUUGGUGACCGGAGAGACGACGCGUUUGGCGCAGCAGAUUUCACAGCCAAGUGUACAAGAUCUCAUUAUCGAACCAGACUGUUACAUUGAAGCAGGCUCAAUUGAUAUAUACGGCACAGGAUACAUUAGGGACUUGACAAAAAAAAAAGAAAUCUGGCAACGGGAUCAAAAUCUUACGAACAGUCACCGAAAUUGAAGUUGUUUCUAUUGUGCAUGGCAUUUGCUCCAUCAGGUUUUUUGGCUCUGGUUGGACGUCUGAAUGGCUUGGAACAACUCCUCAAAUGGGCCAUAUCUGGUAUGGGACGAUUCAGCUCACUAGCUAUAGAUUGCUCUGCUUCCAUAAUGUAAGUUUUCUCGCUUGUUAUUUUCGUAGUAAAAGGCUAACAACUUCAGGGUUUAUGUAUAACAAAUUUGGCCGACGCAUAUAAAACAAGCAGACUUCAGGUGAUGUGGGACCAACCACACCAUCCUCCGGCGACAUUUGAUGCCGAUUCGGCGUUGUUCUCGUUCUUUGAUGCUCAAGAGGUAUAUCAAAAACUACUCCCAGAGCUGGGAUUCUUUAGAUUUGUUUCAUUUGAUUGACCAUGGAGAAUAUAUCUUCGACCUCACGAUGUAUUUCUUGUCUACAGAUAUAGUGGGU